UAACCCCCUUCAGCUGGGGCACCCAGACGCAAGCGGGUCUCUAAUUGGUUCCGACACUGACUGGUGUGGGCACUGUCAAAGCUGCGGUUGUGUUUCGGCCAAUUGUCUUAGCAUUGUCAGUGCGUCUACCUUGGACAGGGGGGGAGAGAGAGAGAGACACACACACACACACACAGCCAGGAGGGGCGAACAGAGAAAGUAGCAGGUACGGAUUUGGGGGUAAGGAAGAGAAAGAUUGGGGCAGGGAAGGAUAAGGGGAAGGGAGUGGGUCACACUGCGGGAAGAAAAAAAGAGACGGGGAGAAACAGAGAGGCGGUGGGGUGAGAGCGAUCGCGGACAGAGAGGGAGAAAGUGAGAUAUACACGGUAGGGCAGUGGGGGUGGCGAGAGAGAGAGAGAGACCAGGUAGAGAGGCGAAGAAUAGAGAGAGAGAGAGCGACGGGGUCUGGGGACACCUCAGAUGGGGGCUGUCUUGGGAACUUUAAUCUGGUUGCACGAAGAGGAGGAGGAGGAGCUGCUGCAGCAGCAGGAGCUGGAGCGGAGACACCGGGAACAGCAGCAGCGACAAUGCAAGCUGUCUGCACAGAGACGGGUGGCAGGUGACAGCCGGCGCUCUCAGGCCAAGGAAAGGACACGGCGGAGGCUGUACCCAGCCAACCGGGUGUACCGGCCCCGGGUCACGUUCCUGGAGCUGUCCGAAGAGGACUGCCUGAGGCGGCUGCGCUUCUCAAAGCAGGCGGUCAGCGAUCUGUGCAGCCUCCUGCAGCAGGACCUGAUGCCGGCCGGGCCUGGAGGUCAUGCCCUGCCAGUAGCUGUGAAAGUGACCACUGCCCUGAACUUCUUCGCCUCUGGCUCCUUCCAGGGGGCUGCUGGUGACAUCUCCCACAUCAGCCAGUCGGCAGUACACAAAUGCAUCAAACAGGUCACCAAUGCUCUGUUUGCCAGGGCCAAUGACUACAUCUGCUUUCCAAUGGAUGAAAGCAGUCAGGAUGAUAGGGCGUCAGGAUUUUCUGCCCUUGCAGGCUUCCCCCGGGUACAAGGGAUCAUAGAUUGCACUCACAUUGCCAUCAAGGCCCCGGACAAUCAGCCAGCUGCCUUCAACAGGAGGGGCUACUACUCUAUAAACGUGCAGAUCGUUGCGGACCAUUGCCACCGAAUUAUGCAGGUCUGCGCCCGGUUUCCUGGCAGCUGCCGCGAUGCAUUCAUCCUACACCAGUCCACCAUCCCCCCUCUCUUCAGCAGGUGCCAGAAUGUGAAAGGCUGGCUGCUCGGUGACAGAGACUAUCCUCUCUAUACGUGGUUGAUGACCCCACUCCCUUGCCCUAGCACACCCGCUGAGCUGCGGUAUAACAAGAGUCAUGCAAACACCAGGAGGGUCAUCAGACGCACCAUGGGACUCCUGAAGCAGCGCUUCCGCUGCCUGGACAGGUCUGGCGGUCCUCUGCAGUACAGCCCUCAGAGGGUCUCCCGCAUUGUGGUCGUCUGCUGCAUCCUGCACAAUUUUGCUGUGCAGAGGGGGCUGCAGCUAGAGGAGGAAGUCCCUGAAAACAUUUCCUCAUCCGAUGAGGAAGACCUGGAUGAUAGAGAGGAAGAAAUGGAUGAGGAAGAGACAAGCCAGCAGCUCACAGCCCACGACGUGAGGAAUCAGUUUAUCACCCAAUGCUUCGGUUGAUCCACUUGGUUCCCUCCUCACCCAAAUUAAUUGUUUGCAGAACCUCCCAGUUCCCAUCCAUUCAUUUCCCAAGCUUGGAGCCCAUGUUCAGAUGUGCGCUGUGCAGACAUUGCAUCCUCAGUGUCUACUCUGAAGUUGGGCUGCAGAGACAUUUGAUAAUACAAAUCAGUGACUUAUUUAAUGGUGAAUGCAAUAAAAGCCUCUAUGUUAUUUCUCACCCAUUUUGUUGCUGGGGCUGAGAUUAGUCACUUGCAAUAAUCUGCAAUAUCAUCGCUGAAGCUCCAGUCCACAGGACUCAGCAGUCACGUACAGUUACUGAGGAGUGCACUGAGUUCUAAGAUUAUUCUGCAACUGCUGUCCAAACUUUCAUCUGAGCAGUCACUUUCAAUAUUGCUAUGUCAGGGCAUCAUACCAGUUCCUUGCAGGAUGUGGAGCUGUCCAUGCUGUCAUGGCAUUUACUCCCUGCCAAGUUGUCUCCUUGACUACCUUUCCAUUGUUAGUCCCUGCCCAACUUGUGUGAAUUACUGCUUACAAUCCAUUAUCCAUUCAGAAUAAAAUGUUGGUUUGAAGCCAAAUUCAGCUGACGUUCAAUAAAGGCAUGGCUGAUCUGAUUGUAACCUCAAUUCUGAAUUUCCACCUAUCCCACUAACCUUUUACUGGCUUUGCUUAAACAGAAUCUCUUAAUUUCAGCCUUGAAUAUUCCGUAUCUCUGUUCCUAAUGAGGCAGAGUUUUCCAAGGAAUCUCAAAUUAUUUGUCCUUAACUGUCUUAAAUGGGUGACUUGUUAUUUUUAAACAGUGACUGUCUUAUUUUAGAUUCUCCCCUGAGCAGAAACAUUUUCUUUGCGCUCACCCUGUCAAGACCCCUCAUGAACUUGUAUGUUUCAAAGAAAUUAGUCUAUAUCAUUUGAAACUCCAGCAGAUGCAUUGCCUAACCUGUCCUAUGUUUUCCUGCUGGACAACAUGAGUAUCUUGGGUAUCAGUCUCGUAAAUCUUCUCUGAAUUGCUUCCAGGAUAUUUAUGUUCUUCCUUAAUAAGAUGAUCAGUAAUGUGUAGAGUACAAUAUUUAAGUGAAACAUAACCUUAAUUUUGUUUGAAUUUUCUCCACACAAUAACAUUCUAUUAGUUUGUUUUUAAAUUACUUGCCAUACCAGCAUGCUAACCUCAUACAAUUAAUGUGCUAGGACACCCAGAUCCCAGAAUUCUGCAAUCUCUCACUGUUAUGAUGCUGUUUCUUUUUAAUCUGCCUGCAAAAAUGUGCAAUUUCACACUUUCUCAUGUUAGACUCCAUUUGUGAAAUCUUUGCCUGUUAUGUUGCCUUAUCUAUAUGCUUAGUAGCCUCCAUAUGUUCUCUUCACAGCAUACAUUUCCGCUUACCUUUGUAUUUGUCAACAAAUUUAGCAACUGCACAUUUUGGUUUGAUCAUCCAAUUCAGGUAUAUAAAUUAUUAGAAGUCGAGGUCCCAGCACUGAUCCCUUUGGUACACUCAUUGUUACAUCUUGCAAACCUGAAAAAAUAUCCAUUUAUUCCUAUCCUAUUUUCUAUAAAGCUGCUAAUCUUUCAUCCAUGCCAAAAUCUGCCUUGAGUGAUUAUUUUCUGCUAUAAUCUUUGUGGCACCUUAUCAAAGGCCUUCUGUAAAACUAACUAUAGUACAUCACUCUUUUAUCCACAGCACAUGUUACUGCUUCAAUCUGUAAUAAGUUGGGUGAACAUAAUCUCCCUGUCUCAAACCAUGUUAAUUCUGUCUGAUUGACUUGAUUUUAUUUCAAGUGUCUUGAUGCUGCAUCUUUAGUAAUAACUCCUUCGUAUUCUUGUGAUAGCUGUCAUGGUGACUGGCCUUAUUUUCCAUCUCACUCUUUGAAUAACUGAGUCAUAUUCAUAGAGUCCUACAGCACGGAGACAGGUCCUUUGGCCCAAAUUGGCCCAUGCCAACAA